AUGGCAAUCACAAAAUAUAAUGUGACUUGGGACAACAGGCUAGCGAAUCUGAUUUGGGCAAACGGAUCUAGCAGAGUCGAUUACCAAUACUUUGGUGAUGUAUUGGCAUUUGAUUCAACAUACAAGAAAAACAAAUACAAGAGACCGGUCGUGAUUUUUUCUGGAUCAAACAAUCACAAGCAGACCACCAUCUUUGGGUUUGGGUUGUUGCUUGAUGAAAGUGUUUCUUCCUAUCGGUGGAUGUUAGAGAAUUUGAUGGAGAUCAUGUGUGGUAAAAAGUCGGCUGUAGUUGUGACUGACGGCGACAAGGCUAUGAUAAAAGUAGUUUCCGAAGUGCUUCCCUCUGCGACCGAUCGUUUGUGUGCAUGGCAUGUGGAAAAAAACGUCACGUCUAAUGUAAAGGAUGCAGAAUUAUGUGGGUUGUUUAGAAGAUGGCUGUAUGCAGAAAUGGCGACAGAGGACUUCGAAUCCGAAUGGGAGCAGGCUACCGAUAUGUAUGGCCUACGCGAGAAGAAAUGGUCAUGCCAGAUGUAUGAUAAGAAGGAGAUGUGGGCAAGUGCUUAUUUGCGUGACAAGUUCUGCGCAGGAUAUCGGACAACAUCCAGGUGCGAAGGCAUUAACGCACACGUGAACAAGUUUUUGAAGUCCACCCACACAAUUUACGAGCUGGUUCAGAGCUUGGAGAUGGUUGCCCGCGAGUAUCAGAAUAGGGAGUUGCUGCUCUAG